GUGACUCUCCUGCUGUACGACUCAACCAGGAUGAGGCAGCUGCUUUCCAAGUCUGUUGUGAUUGAUGAUGAUGACGAUGAUGAAUAUCCCUGGAGGCAGAAUGCUCACAAGAGCGGCUACGAGGCCGCGUCCCAGCGCUUCGACCCCGGGGACGUGGAGGUGAGCGUGGCCGGGAGGUCCUUCCUGGUGACUGGAGCCAACAGCGGCAUCGGCAAGGCCGCGGCCACGGGCAUCGCCAGGAGGGGUGGCACGGUUCAUCUGGUUUGCCGAAAUAAGGAACGAGCUGAGGUCGCCAAAGGAGAAAUAGUGUCAGAAACGGGCAAUCAGAAUAUCUUCUUGCAUAUUGUGGAUAUAUCUAAUCCCAAGGAAAUCUGGAAGUUUGCUGAAAAAUUCAAAACUGAACAUAAAUUAAAUGUGUUGAUCAACAAUGCAGGAUGUAUGGUGAAUAGCAGAGAAUUAACUGAAGAUGGACUCGAAAAAAACUUUGCAACUAACACCUUGGGUACAUACAUUCUGACAACUGCCCUGCUGCCCCUCCUGGAAAAAGAAGCUGAUCCCAGAGUGAUAACUGUCUCUUCUGGGGGCAUGCUAGUUCAAAAAUUAAACAUAUCUGACUUGCAGUCAGGAAAUGGGACAUUCGAUGGAACUAUGGUGUAUGCACAAAACAAGAGACAGCAAGUUGUCUUGACAGAACAAUGGGCAAAAGCUCACAGAAACAUCCAUUUCUCUGUUAUGCACCCUGGCUGGGCAGACACUCCAGCUGUGAGAUCAGCGAUGCCAGAUUUUUAUCAGAAGAUGAAGAAUUCUCUGCGCACUGAGGCCCAGGGAGCUGAUACUGUUAUAUGGUUGGCGGUAUCACCUGAAGCAACAAAGUUACCAAGUGGCUUGUUCUUCCAAGACAGGCAACCAGUUGCUACACACUUACCCCUGGCACGCACCCACAGUCCACCAGAAGAUGAGGAGAAGCUAAUGGAGAUGCUGGAAGAAUUCUCCCAGAAGUUUAAAUCCGCUUCUCCAGGAACUUAG